CACUACGUCAGCUCUGAGCCUCUAUAAAGGGCCAAGCCAUCUGUGGAGAAUUACAAUCUCAACCCAAUUAUCUUGAGGACUGCAAGAAAGGAAAGACUGCAAAGAUGAAACUGUACCUGGCUGCAGCCGUGCUGAUGCUUGUACUUGCUGUACACACAGAGGCCCAGGACGAGCCUACACUGGAGCAGCACUUCACCAAAUUCCAGACCCAGGUGAAGGAGAUUGCAGAUGACCUGACAGAGAAGACCAAGACCAACCUCAAAAAACUUGGAAAUAGCGAAUUUGGUGAAAAAACCAAGAACUGGUUUACUGAGCAGUAUGAGAAAGUGAAGCAGACGCUGUCUGGAACCUUUAGUUAAAUUGAAAACCAAUGACCUUCCAUCUUCCCUGCAAUCAUGCAAUUGCUGUGUGAUAUGUGAUACCAUCCCCACCCUGUUGCGCCAACUUGUGCAUUUGUUACAGUUCAGUAUAUAUACAAAAACUGUUAUGAUCUCCUCGUCAUUUGUGUGAUCUUUUAAAUAGUUUACAAUUUUGUGGGAUGAUGUUAAAUAUCAUGGGGAAAAAUGCAAAAUCUAAGUAUACAUUCUGAACUUUUUCAAAAGAAUAAAUGGUGAAACACAAAA